AUGUCCGAUUAUAUAAAUAAAUUUGGUAAAGGAAUUCCGUAUCGUGAAGGGAAUCCAAUUCAACUUCUAAAAUACAUCAAUAACGAAUACGGAAAAAUUGUAUUAAACGACGAAGCCAUAAAUAUCAUUAAUUCGAUAGAAGAACCCAUUUCUGUCAUUGUCGUUGUGGGUUCAUAUCGUAGAGGGAAAUCAUGGUUCGCGAAUUUAUUGCUCGGUAGACAUAAUGGAUUUCUUUUAGGUUCGACAGUGGAUGGAUGUACCCAAGGAAUAUAUAUGUGGGAUCAACCAUUCUACCAUGAGGGAAAACGGAUUAUCGUGUUAGAUUGUGAAGGGAUCGACGAUCCCAAACAAAAUCAACAAUGGGCGAUAAGAUUAUUCGUACUAUGUUUAACGAUAUCUUCAACAUUCAUUUAUAAUUUAAAUGGUGUUGUUGGUAGGGAGGACAUAGGGAAGCUAUUUUUGAUGUCCCAUUUAACAAAAUAUAUUCAACCUCCUCCCGAUUAUCAAUUUUUACCCAGAAUGGUGGUAUUACUUAGGGAUUUCAUGUUACAAAAUCCCGAUGAUUUUAGGGAUUACUUUUUAAAUAGGUUGAGUCAGGUUAAUGAGCAAGCGGCAGAAGGUAUUAAAAAAUAUUUCUCCCACUUUGACGUGUUUGCUCUACCGAUGCCAGCGUCAGACCGUACUCAAUUACAAAACUUGGAUAAGGUAUCAACGUCAGAUUUGCAAUCGGAAUUCGUCGAGGAAGCCACUAUUUCGAUUAAUAAGAUUUUAUCUACCUCGGCACCAAAGUACAUCGGUUCAUCUACCAUGUCAGGGGUGCCAUUCACGAAAUUCCUUCAAGAGUGCGUCAAUAAAUUAAACGAUACAUCUGAAACUUCAAAUUUUCAUUUAUCGAUUCCGGAUGAAUACGAAUCGAUUAUUGAAUACAUUGCUCACAAAACCAUUGAUCAUUGCGUUCAAAUGUACGUAACGAGUAUGAAAUUCUUGUUACGAUCCGGGAACGACAAUGAUGAAAAUGUGCAGCACGUCGAAGUAUUUAAUUGGACCGACUUUCAUGAAAUUCACCUAAAUGUUUUUAAUCAAGUUGAAACAGAAUUUUUCAAAAGGAUUAUCGGAGAUGAAAUUCAGAUAAAGAAUUAUGAACGCGAUUUAAAUAAAUUGAUCGGGAGAGAAUUUGAAGAAUUUCGUAGAAUAAAUUCCGAAUCUUUAUACGAGUUGAACAUAGAAUUGGCUAAAGAAUUAUGGGAUAGAAACGUAAAGGUUGGUCUCGACAAAGAUAACCGCUUUGAGUCCCAUGAAGAUUUCGAUAAUGCGAUCGCAGUUUUUGAGAGAGAGGUAUUAGAUACCUUAAUAGACUGUCCGGAAACGGAAAAGAUAAUGGCAAGAUUUAAAUCUCAGGAAUAUCAAGAUGCGAUUACAAUACUAAAAUCGCUCGGAAUUCUCAAAGGCGAAUUGGCAGAUCAAAUCAAAUCAAUGCAAGAAACUGAACAACGAUACUUGGAAUGUGCUUCCGAGGAAAAAGAAUUGCAAAUUAAAUAUGAUAAAUUGAAAUCUGAACAUGAACAAGUUGAACUUCGACUUAAAAAUAAAAUUCGAGAAUUAGAUGAAAAUCUCGAACGUCAAAAUGUUACAAACGUUGAAUUAUUACAACAAAUUCAGAAUAAUCGUGAUGAAUCUCUAACCAUGUUACUAAGUGAAAAGGAAUCAGAAUUGGAAGCGACAAAGAAAAAAAUCGAGGAAAUUAAACGAAGCAGAGAACAUUGGAUAAGGAUUAUUGGAACCCUUACACCUAUAAUUCAAAUAGGAUUUAAAAUUGUUGGUUCUAUCUUCUUGAGUCAAUAUAAAAAUCCUCCUUCUACAGCUUCGACAAAACCUCAAGAAUACCCUGUAACACUUCAUAAUUCAACAUUAAAUGGACAACUCUUAACAUCUUUAUUACCAUGGCAAACCAUUUCAUAUUUACAAUAUUUUAGACACAGUGGAAGGUUUACAUUUCGUUAUGAAGGAAUCUCCAAACUUGAAUCAUUAAAUGAUUUGUUGGUUCAUUUAUCUCGUAAUCGGAAUGAAUAUUUGAUUUCGGGAAAUACAAUGAAAAAUCCUGGAUCGGUUUAUAGGUUUAAACUACCGACGAUUUGUUUAAUUUGUCAUGAAGUUGGUCAUGAACCUGAAAGUUGUAACGUUAUCGAUAUAAUUCUCUCGAGAAGAAUGUUAAAUCAUCAAGAGAUUGAUGUUAUGAUCAAUCGUAUCUUAGAAUUUAAUCGUCCUAUAAGGAAAAUUUCUCUGAGGUUUAAUCAAGUUGGUAAUGAAGGAGCGAAAUCUAUUGCGAAACUCAUUGAACAAAAUAAUUCUCUUACCGAAUUGAACUUAGGUGAUACCAAGAUUAAUGAUGAUGGUAUUUUAUUAAUCGUUGACGCUUUAAAGAAAAAUCGUUCUAUAAAAAAAUUGAUUUUGGAAAAUAAUGACAUUGGUGAUAAAGGUUUAUCUGCUAUCGCGGAUUUAUUAAAGAUAAAUAAGGUUUUAAAAAAUAUUGAUCUGUCUCAAUUAAAUUCUGAGGUUUCUCUCGAAUUCUUGAAAAAACUAGAUGAAGCUUUAUUACACAACACAAAUUUAGUUUACGUUAAUUUCAAUACUAAAGGUUUACAUUUACAACCCGGUGUGAACUUUUCAAAAUUCGAUUCGCUGUAUUUACUAAAAUCCUCUCAUCGAGUUUCGAUCCCUGCUCAUUUAGACGGAAGGAAAAUUCAAUUGUAUUCAAGCAUUUUAAAUUACUUUCAUCAAAAUCGUAUAUUUGAUUCAUUCUCAACGGUCUCUAUUAUUGAAUUAAUGAGUAAGGCGAGAAUUUUAUUAUUAAAUAAUCUCAACUCUAAUGUUUUAGUAAAAGUUCCUUCUGAGGUUUGGAUACAAAUAUUUAGAGAUUUUGGUGAAGAAAAAGGGUUAUCUAAAAGACAUGUUGAUAUGAUCGUCAAGUAUUCUAGUACUAGAUCUACCCUUUCUAAAGAUGUAACCAAACGAAAAUUUUUAGAAUCAGUUUAUACAAACAAUUUUGUUUUGGAAUAA